CGCCGGCCAACGAAGGUGUUAGCAUUUCUAACUUUCAAUCGGGUGCUUUGACUUGCAGUAAUGGAGAUUGCUCUUUGAUUCUCGGACACACGAAGCGAGUGAACUUCGAUUAGUCCAUAAUCAGCAAGUUUUUGGCCCCCCUUUUACGAGAAUAGAUAAGGUUGAUCUGAGAGCUGAAAGACGGGAUUCCGGGAGGGAUUUCUGGUUCGGAAGAAAGAGAGCAGCUGCCUCGGCUUAAAUAAUCAGCGACCUUUCAAGAAAGAGGAGCAUCUUCCCCGGCGAAUUCAUAUGUUGGAAUUUCAACUCUUAUACUGAAAGGGAAGUAAUUCUUUUCCUCGUGGGAUUUUUCUUUGCGUGUAAGAGCAGCGAGUUUGAGCUUUUUCAAUGGCGUUCUCAACCUCAUGGUCGCAAUACAACUACCAUGUUUUCCUAAGCUUGAGAGGCAAAGACACAGGGAAAGGAUUCGGCGACCAUCUCUACACAGCUUUAGAGCAAGCGGGAUUCCACACGUUCAGAGACGACGAUGAGAUAGUGCGGAGAGAGGAGCUCGACAUCGAGCUCCAGAAGGCGAUGCAAGAGUCGAAACUGUUCCUGGUUGUGUUCUCCAAGGACUUCGCGUCUUCAACGUGGUGUCUCGAUCAGCUUGUGAAAAUUAUGGACCUCAGGAGAAGAUCUUUCCCUCAUCACAUAGUUGUUAUGCCUGUGUUCUAUGUUGAUCCGAUGCUGGUUUCUGAUCAGGCUGAUAGUUAUGCUGCUGCAUUUGCUAGUCAUGAGGAGAACUCCAAGGAGAAGGCCGAGAUUUGGAGGGCAGCUCUUCGAGAAGUUUCGGAUUUGGGUGGAAUGGUUUUGCAGGAUGGCAGGUAUCAGGCUGAGUUUGUACAAGACAUAGUGAAAGAAGUCCGAAAGAAAUUGAACCGUCCAAUUGUACACACUCCCUCCCACUUAAUAGGAAUAGAGUCUCGUAUAGCUGACAUUGAUUUGUGGUUACAAGACAGCUCAAGUGUUCCAAUCGGAAUAAUCUAUGGAAUUGGAGGUGUUGGGAAAACAACGAUUGCAAAGGAAGUCUUUAACCUGAGCUUAGACAGAUUCGAAGCUAGUUGCUUCCUCCCAAACAUCAGAGAGACCUCAAAGCAACCCAAUGGUAUGGGUUUCUUGCAGAAGCAACUUCUCAACACAGUUCUGUAUGAUAAAAAUGUGAAGGUGAAUAAUGAAGCUGAUGGGAGUAACAAGAUCAAAGAUGCAAUAGGUUGCAGAAGGGUUCUAAUUGUUUUGGAUGAUGUUGGUCAUUUGGAACAAGUGAACAUGAUCGUUGCAACCUGGGACUGGCUGUACAAGGGUAGUAAGAUCAUCAUAACAACCCGGCACAAACGUUUGCUCAAGGAUGAUAAAAUAUGCAGAAAGUUUAGGAUUGAGGAAUUGGGUGACGAUGAAUCAUUGCAGCUCUUUAGUCAACACGUCUUUGGGAAAGCCAACCCUAACGACGGAUUCAUGGAGCAUUCUUUAAGGGCAGUGAAGUAUUGCUGUGGGAUUCCUCUUGCCCUUCGAGAAUGGGGUACCUUUCUUUCUGAUAUAGAUAUAUCUGAGUGGAACAAUGCUUUGGAUAAAUUGGAAGCAAUUCUUCACAAUGGAAUCUUUAAAGUUCUCAGGGUGAGCUAUGAUUCUCUAAAGGAUGACUUGGCCAGAAGGUUGUUCCUGCACAUAGCUUGUUUCUUUAUUGGGAUGGAGAGCGAUUAUGUGACAAAGAUUUUAGAUGGAUGUGAGCUGUUUGCAAAAGCUGGGAUUCAAGAUCUCGUUGACAGGUUUCUGUUGACCAUUGGCGAGAAUAACAGGCUUAUUAUGCAUCCAUUGCUCAGAGAUAUGGCGAGGGAAAUCGUUCGUCAAGAAUCGCCAGAUGAUCCUGGGAGACGUAGCAGGCUCUGGUCUCAUGAUGAUUCCAUCAGUGUGCUGAGAGAAAACACGGGCACAGAAGCAAUUAGAGGCAUCAUUCUCAAUAUCCAGGGUACUAUGACCGAAGGCAAACAUCACACAGAUCCUUGCACCAGUUGCGGGAAAAGACAUUCCUACGAUGAUGGUCUCAUCUGCAAAUCUACUUCAAAGAGGCGUGUUCUUGGCUUCAUUCGAGGACAGUCGGCAGAUACUGACUGUACAACUUCAUUCUCUAUGUCUCACGAGUUUGAGAUGAAAGCACUUCAAAAGAUGCGCAAUUUGCAGUUGCUCCAGCUCAACUAUGGGAAGCUGAAGGGAAACUACAAAUAUCUUCCUCGGAGUUUAAUAUGGCUUUCUUGGCAUGGAUCGCCAUUGAAAUGCAUGCCAUCAUGUCUACACUUGGAGAAGCUUGUUGUUCUUGAUAUGCAAAGAAGCAGUUUAAAGCAUAUUUGGCAUGGCACCAAGUUUCUUCCAGCAUUGAAGAUCCUUGAUAUCAGUGCCUGCCAUAGUCUCAUAACGACCCCUGACUUCUCAGGACUGCCUUGUCUUGAACAAUUAGUGCUGGAGGACUGCAUAAAUUUGACUGAGGUCAAUGAAUCGAUAGGGAAGGUUGAGAAACUUGUUUCGUUGAACCUUAAAGGGUGUAGAAAGCUCAGGAAACUUCCGUCAACUGUUCUCAUGCUGAGACAGCUGAAAGUAAUUGUUCUUUCUGGCUGUUUGAAGCUUGAUGAGCUACCCCACGGGCUAGAUAAAAUGGAAUCACUCAAAGUGCUCCAAGCUGAUGGUAUAGCUCUAUAGGGAUUGCGGUCAAGGUCAUCUUGUCGUUCCACCUUAUGGGGUUCGUUAUUUCUGAGAAAUGAUGCGUUAGGCUUGCAUACUGGAGUUCCUUUGUUUGAGCUCCUUCUCCUGGAUGAAUGCAGCUUUCUCCAAUCACUUCCAGAGCUUCCAGCAAGUUUUUCAGGGUAAAAUUUGAACUUUGCCAAAAUUGAUGAGAUCAAUGAGGUUAAGCUGCAAGCAACAGAUCGAGAUAUUAGUUCUUCAAUCUAGAGGAUGUUAUAAACCUUCAUGUUGAAAUCAGGAAGAGUUUAGACUUCUUCAACUUUACAUCUGCGAAGCAUUGAAGUGGAGCUGACCAAUUAUUUGACCUCAACGUUAAGGAAGCAUGCACUUCAGGCUGUGCUCAUCGAAGGUUGCAAGAUACUGUUUGGUGAGGUCAUAGAAUUCUAUGGGCUGUUGGAUGUACAAUUUGGCUCAUGAAUUUUAGCCCAAAAACCAUGGGUGGAGGGUUGCUUCAAAAAUUCAUGUUGGCGGAGCAAACAAAAACGUACCAGGUCCUUUUGGAAUUGGAAAUCCAUAAAGGUGUCGAACCCCAUCCCCUCAGAUUGCCUAUUAUACUGUUGAAAUCCAUGGAUAUCACACAAUCCAUUACUUUUUUUACAUCAAGCGGAUCAUCGACUUGCAAGAGCCAUUUACUCCUGUUGUGAACUUUCUUGGUAAGAUAGGAAUUGUUUAUUCCGUCAUCUAUAGAUGCAUGGAAAAUGGAAGAUUGCUCGACAAUGAAGAUAUAAAUUCCACAUUAUUUUAUUGUUCACACUUUGAACCAUAGAAACUUAUUUCUUAUCACAAUAUGACAACCUUUUGGGAAAAGCCUGUAAGCACAAUAGUAGGUACGUGAAAUAGCUUGCUGAAAAUACACAAACACACACUAGUAGUAGCUACUGAGCCGAAGAACAACUUUAGGUAGAUCAAGAAGCCACUGAUGGAUCAAUAGAGAGAGCUACCUAACUUCUCUGUUUCAAAUUAUCUUCCUGUUGCAUAUGGUCUGGGUGAAAACUUGAAAUUUCCAUACCUUCUCGCAGCUUCAUGGGUGUCCAUGGUUUUCACAUAUCCUGGCUCGUUAGUCCUUGCGUUGUAAGGAUUGUAGGCUUCAGUUGGAUCAGCAGACCAUGCUGAAGUAGCACCUCUUUUAGGCCACCCGUUCUCAUGGGUUGCCUCCAUCUUGCUAGAGUUGUAUUCUGUAUAGGCUGGUUUGAUAGCUUCUUUGAGGUAACCUAUCGCUGUGCCGAUAUUAUUUGUUGCACCAGAGAGCGAGGAAUCAGGCUGUGAGGAUUUUCCACCAUUAAAAGGUCCAAACUUUUGUGUGCUACUGACCUCAUGAUGCACUUUGGUGAUGAUCUCCUCGACUUUCUGCAGGCGAUUGUAAACCGGGUCUGAAGUUUCAUGCACUUUCUGCUCAACUCUGUAGUGCUCCGCAUUAGCAGGCUCCAUGGAGUGACCAUGCCUGUUCUCCGAGGGGUGAGCAUGCUGCUGCUGCUGAUACAUGGUCUCAGCUCUGUAGGCUUCUGCAGUCUGGUUGGGAAGAGAUACGAUCGGCCUUUUCCUCCCUUCAGCAUCAAUGACGACCGGCCUGUGAACGUGAUCAGAAGAGUAGCUACUUGGUUCCCUCCAUUCGUUGGCUCGUGGUGUGCUGUAAGUUGUGUAGCCUCCUUUGUAAGUAUUGCCAUACCCUGCCAUGUUGUGUAUAAGCUGAGAUGAAACUCUUUGUAUACACCCCUUGUUAUAUAGCCAAGGCAACUUAUAAAUGCAAAGGAAAUGAUGCCCAUCUUUUUUAGCACAUCAAAGAGAUCAUAUGCUGUUUACCAUCUGGAGAAAGUCCGAUAGGAUUGAAUUCUACGUGUUUUGGCCAUGGAAUCAUUCUUUAGUCUGCAGGACCCCCUGGAAUAUUUGAUAGUGUCCGUUAAUUACUGGAGGAAUAAAGGUGAAAGAGAAAUGGUGGAAGAAUAACAACAGCUAAAGAUAAGCAGCACAAAGAAUUAGAAUUUCU